UAGACGAACAAUUGUUUGAUCACUUUUGCAAUCGGAUACGAAAUUAAAUACGGCUUUAAUUAUAUGAUCUUAAAACGUUUUUUUAUGGAAAACUAAAUAGCCUCCAAUAAUAUAUUUAAUUUCAGAUUACAAUUUAUCUAUUGGAAAUUCAUUAAAAUAUUUUAGAUUUUUUUUACAUAUUUUUCGACGGCGAGUUUCGUAAAUAAAUUUUGUUUCAACAGAACAUGCGAAUACCAAUUAACACGUAAUAAACAUACAAAUAAACUAAUCGACGCGAAAACUAUCAAAAUGAAGGAAACCAAUUUAUCCGGCGGUAAACGUUCGUCAAACGAAAGUGUUCUACCGGAAACGAAUGGAAACCCGCGCGUGUCUCUGACCGGAUUCACCAACAUUCUUCUGGACAAAUCGAACCCUGAUAAAAUACUCACCAUUGAAGAAGAAAGGGAGCGAUUAAGAGUUCGUUUCGCGGAAUUACCUUCGAUGAGUUUUGACGGCGGAAAUGUCGGACCCUUUAAACGGAAGUACUCAGAGGCGCUUCAGAUUUUAAAGCCCUUCCGACCCGCAUCAAAGGACGGAAAAAUCCCAAUCAGCAAGGCAGGAUUCUUUUCGUACAUUUUCUUAACGUGGUUCUCUCCGCUAGUUUGGAGAAUGUAUAAACAUCGCGACGUUCCAGUGUCAGAGAGCGAUGUAUGGGAGUGUUCUGACAUGGAGGGAGUCCUAGUGAACACGGAGAGAAUGAAGCUGCUAUGGUCCAAAGAGCUGCACGAUCAUGGUCCGGAGAAGGCAUCGUUUUUGAGGGUGUGGGUCAGAUUCAUAUUCACAAGAUCUGUUGCUAGCCUUAUGAUUCUGGUUGUCAACGCUCUGGUCACGUUCCUCUCCUCGGCUCUGCUGGUGAACAAGGUGCUUCAAUACCUGGAGUCUGCCGAGGACAACCUCCUGUACGGUCUCGGUCUGACGGCGGCCAUAAUGGCCUGUGAGGUGGUGCGCGCAAUCACUUUCGCCAAUAUAAUUGUGUUCAGUGCGCAAACCGGUACACGAUUCCGAUCUGGAUUCAUUGGCAUACUGUAUGAUAAACUCCUGAAGCUGAGAGUCAGCAAAGGAAAGACCAAUUCAGAGAUCAUCAAUGCGUUCAGCGUGGAUUCGUACCGCGUGUACAUCGCCACGUGGACCACCAUCUUUAUCAUUUCCGUGCCCGUCUAUCUCAUCAUCGGCACCGUCUACGCCUACACUCUAAUUGGCUAUUGGUGCUUUGUCUCCGUUGGGACCUUUAUUGUUUGUUACAUGACACAGGUGCAAAUGACCGGCUUAUUGAAAAAGAUGCGAAAGAAAUGCUCACAACAUACCGAUAUGAGGGUUCGACGCAUGGGCGAGAUUCUGAAUAGCAUGAAGUUCAUCAAACUGUAUGCAUGGGAAAAACCGUUUAACGAAGCCAUCAAAAAUGUGAGGAAGUCAGAACAAAAGUACUUGCUAUAUUCUGCUCUUCUGGACGCGGUUGUCGGUGCUAUCAUACCGGUGACGCCGACCAUUGCAUCGGUUGUUACCAUUACGGUCUACACAGCCGCCGGAAACGACUUAAACGCAUCUACUGCCUUUGCUAUCAUCGGAACCAUGAACUUUCUGCGGAUCAUUGUCGCGCUUAUUCCGAUCGGUUUUAGGGCAUACGGAGAAGCGAAAGUAAGCUUUCGAAGGAUAGAGAAAUUGCUAACGUUAGACGAGUUCUCUUCGCCUUCCCCCGACGUCUUUAACAAAGAAAACGCAGUAGAAAUUAAAGCCGCCAAUUUUAUUUGCGAAACAGUUGCAGAUGACGAAGAAACAAAGACAAGGAUAAGAGGUCGCAAAUCAAGCGUUGCAAGCUCAAGAAGAGAAAGUGUCAAUUUAUUCCAGUUGUCGGAUAUAGAACUCGAAGUGAGAAAGGGGCAGCUGAUUGGCAUCUGCGGUUCCGUAGGGUCUGGGAAGUCUUCACUGAUGUCAGCUAUAUUAGGAAGGAUGAUGCUUGCAAAAGGGCAUUUAGCAGUUAGUGGAACGGUAGCAUAUGUUGCCCAGCAGGCGUGGAUAUUUAACGCUUCGAUCAAAGAAAACAUUUUGUUUGGACAAGAAUACAAGACGGAGAGGUACAGCCGAGUUAUCGCAUGCUGCGGACUCGAAACAGACUUUGAUCUUCUAAAAGACGGAGAUGAAACUGAAAUAGGAGAACGGGGAGUUAACCUAAGUGGUGGUCAGAAACAAAGGGUAAAUCUUGCGAGAGCCGUAUACAGCAAAAGUGAUAUCUAUAUAUUGGACGACCCUCUUUCUGCUCUUGAUACGAGGGUCGGUAAACAAAUUUUCAACGAAUGUAUCAAACAAGAGCUUCAUAAAAAGACUGUGAUUUUAGUUACACAUCAGUUGCAGUACCUGAAAGAUUGCGACGAAGUGCUCGUGAUGGAAAAUGGCACAGUGGUCGAAAAAGGUCAUCAUCUGGAGUUGAUGGCAAGCGACGGAAAGUAUUCCGAGAUGUUCAGAAUUUUCAAUCUAACCGAAAUGAAAAGCAGAAAAAUAUACAGUAACAAUGACGGCGCACCGGUGGAAAGUGAAGUCACUGAAAUGAAGAAAGAUAAGAAAGAAAAACCAGCCGAGGAAACUAAUGGCAUCCACAAGCCAAAGGCGAAAGGCAAACUCGUUCAAGCAGAAGAAACAGCUAUUGGCGACGUAGGUGUAAGCACUUAUACCGCUUACAUUCGGGCAGCUGGCGGCUGGUUUGCCGUUCUCGGUGUUAUUUUGUUUUAUUUCCUGUGCUCGGGCUCACUCGUGUUUUCCGAUUAUUGGCUCAGUGCUUGGUUAGGAUCUCUUCCUAAGGGAUCGUAUACAACAAAUACAACCAUGGAGAACAUAUAUAUGAAUACAACGUUAUCUUCUUUGAACACGACGAUGUCAGUAAUUAUAACAAAUAACUCAACAGCUAUGUACGCAAAUGGAAUGGUAAACGAAAGCUUCAUAGGUAGCGAUACUUAUUUCGUCGUUUACAUAUCUUCACUUGCUGGCAUUAUAGUUCUGAUCUUGGUGAAUGGAUUUUGUCAUGCAAAGGUUUCAUUAACAGCAUCCAAAGAAAUGCACGACAAGUGCCUCGAUAGGGUCAUGAAAGCGCCAAUGUCAUUCUUUGAUACCACUCCGACUGGAAGGAUACUGAACAGAUUCUCAAAAGACCUUGACGAAGGCGACGUAUUCAUACCUCAAGUGACCAAUCAACUGGUACGAAUUCUAUCGCUAACAAUCGUGUCAAUAGGUACGGCCACGUACGUGACUCCUUGGUUACUUAUCGCCGUUGUGCCUGUCGUAGCCGUCUUCUACGUCAUGAAACAAGUCUCUACGGUGUCUGUUCGACAAUUGAAAAGACUGGAGAAUAUUACGCGCUCUCCACUAAUUAGCAACGUGAAUGUUACGUCACAAGGUCUGUCAACGAUAGUGGCGUAUAGACAACAGGAUCGUUUCUUCAAACGGUGCGUCAGUUACGGCGACGUGGCCUCGAUGUCGGUCUUUUUAUUCGACGUCAGCAUGCGAUGGAUUGGGCUAAGACUUGAUCUAAUUGCUGGCCUCAUGACUAUGUCCUCAAGUCUGAUUUUUGUUGUCACAAAAGGCUUAAUACCGCCGGCAUCUGCUGGACUCGUGCUUGGACUUUGUGGCAAGACAAUAAGUAUAGUGCAGUUUCUCAUUCGUCUUAUGAAUGAAACAGAAGCACGGUUUACGUCUGUGGAAAGGCUGCACGAAUACACUGUGAAACUUGGGUCCGAGAACCAAGAUGCGAAGAAGAAAGCACCUUCUAAAUGGCCUGAAAAGGGAGCGAUAACCUUUCGCAAUGUAGUCAUGAGGUACAGACCAGAUAUUGACCCCGUUUUGAAGGAUGUCAGUUUUGAGAUUAAGCCAAGGGAGAAAGUUGGCAUUGUCGGAAGAACAGGAGCAGGCAAAUCAUCAUUGGCAACAGUCCUAUUCCGUUUAGUGGAACUUACUGACGGCGUUAUAACAAUCGAUGGCGAGGAUAUCUCUGAGUUGAAUUUGAACAUAAUUCGUUCUAAAAUAUCAACUAUUACACAAGAACCGGUUUUAUUCUCUGGUACCAUCAGGUACAACAUAGACCCAUUCUCUUUGUUUACGGACGAGACUAUAUGGGAAGCGUUGGGGAAAGUCCACAUGAAGGAGAAGAUAAAGCAAUUCAAUCAGGAUCUCGAUACAAUGGUGGAGGAGAACGGAGAAAACUUCUCAGUGGGUGAACGGCAGUUGUUGUGUCUGGCCAGGGCGGUUGUAAGAAGCAGCAAGAUUCUCCUUCUUGACGAGGCCACGGCAAACAUUGACACCUCAACUGACGCGAUGAUCCAGCAGACCAUCCGAGAAUGUUUUGCAGACUGCACGGUCAUCACAAUUGCUCAUCGCCUGAAUACUGUUUUACACAGCGAUAAGAUACUAGUGCUUGAUAGUGGCAAGGUGAUGGAAUGUGGAUCUCCACAAGAACUCUUAUCUAAUCCGUAUUCUUUCUUCAAUGCAAUGGUUACAGCACAGUCAGUGAAAACUCCAUCACCAUAAAGUAGGCACUUAUGCUCAACAUAAGUGCGAGUGAGAAGUGUGGUACACAACUCCAUUAGAAAGCGUGCACAUUUCUAACUGUAUUUCAUGUGGCUGAAUGUGUAUUCACAUUAUAAAAAGGAAAUAGGUUUAAAAUAUUAAGCAAAUCAGUCUGCCAAGUAAGAUGUAACAUUCCCAAUAGAAAGUGGAUAUCUAUCGAGCUGUAUUCCAUGUGGCUUAAUAUGUUAUGCACAAUUAUCUAACUUAUCAUUUUAAAAUUAUCUUAGAAUGAAAAUUUCAAAACAUGUUUGUGCAACCAUUUGUGAAGUUAUUUUGUUUUCAAUUUUAUUUAACAUAAAUAUUAUAUCUUUUUUCUGUUUUCUAUUAUAUUUUCUGCUACUAUUUGCUUUGUAUAUAUAUACGUAUACAAUUAUGUUUAACGCAUGGGCAUUGGCCCUCUUGUUUUAUUGUAAAUUGUAAAAUUGUUUUUAUAUAAACAUGAACACCACAGCAAUGCGAUUAAGCAUUCGAAGCCAAACAAUGUACGGUUAAUUCUUCCUUAAAGAGCAUGACAACAAUCUAAAUCUUCAAGAAAAUUAAAUAAAAUAUCCAUUUGCAUUCAUUAAUAUUUCUGUGAAUCAAUAGUUUUUGGCUGGCGAUGUGGUCUGUUGUUUUGCAACUAAUAUCUUGCUAUAUUAAUGGCGAUGUGCUGUUGGAAUGCGUGCGAAUUAGCACUCUCUCCUUCGGUCACAGCUUAACCUUGUGUAUAUUUGAAAUAUGCAUAGAACAUGGAACUUGUAGUAAAAUACUGACGUUAUUGAAAGUAGUUCGCACGGUUGACAAAGAUUAUCAGUGGCGUAUAUUAUGGAAACUAAUACACCGCUAUUGACUUUAAUCUGAUCUGUCGAUAUACAUGGGCCAAUGGGGCAUUAUUUAUCUAACCCUAUUACUUUAUCACUGAGUGAAUGCUGUAUACCAAGCUCCGAUUUAAAGCAAAAUAUUUUACACAGUAGUGUAUUGUCUAUAGCAAUUAACGAUGCUUUGGUCUUGAGUUAUUUUAUGGGACUUAACCACCAAGAUAUUCAUUCAUGUUUCUUUAGCCAUUUGUUAUUAAAUUGUGCCGUUGCACGAGUAUGUGCUGGGUGAUAUUCAAGUAAACAUUUUUAUUUCUC